AUGUCUACUACCACGAACUUUGACCUUGAUAGCGUGGCUUUUUCGUAUUUCAAAAAUAACGACCCCGUUGAAUGGUUUUCUCGACAAAAUGAAACCGUUUAUCCUUACAGACAAACCAGCUUUAUUAAGAAGUAUUGGAAACAGAUUACAGCAGAGCGAGCUCGAGGCGAUGCAGAAAAUGAUCUUGAAAAUAAAAGAAUCAUCUUCAAGCUGGAAUCCCAAAUUGAUGUAUUGGAUGUAUUAGCAUUGGCACAUAAAUGCCAAACUCAUAACAUGAUGGAAAAUUUGAAUCUGAAGAAAUCAAUAACUGCAGAUAUUAACACUGAAGAAUAUUAA